GCGUUUACAUAAUUAAGAGAUAGUCUUUGGGAGUUAGGAACAGAACCCAUGUAUCUAGCGCAACGCAGCUAUUACAGUCUAUGUUGCACCUAGGAUUCACUUCCAUAUUUCCUUUCUUUUUUGUACCUGAGUCCUUGAAUGAAUCUGGCUUAAUUCCACUGUUUACUUCGAAAUGGAAAACACAAUACUCGCCCAUCGACGGAGUCUUGCCGAGAUGCGAACUGAACUGGACGGACUGGACGCCGCUCUUACCGUCGGUGCGGCAACCAAGCGAUCUGAGACGAUCUCGUGUGCUCUAAAAGUCGGCACAGACAGUCUCUAUGAUCUUUCUGCGCUUAUUAGUGGUGACUUUGAACUUACUCACGAUGAUGGACGGCUCAACGUGGCCCUGGACCGCCUCGUCGCGACGUUUGAUCACAUCACCGAACUUGCAGACAGUCAGCUCGCAGAGGUUGGACGCCUCCACUCUGAUGCUAUCGAGUUGAGAAAUGCCAAACUUCGGCCUCUGCAAGAUAAGCUUGACGAGUCCAAGUCCGAGUUAGAAGCCCAGCUUACAAGAAAUCGAGAAGCCAUCACGGCCACCUCCAAUACAGUAAAUGUCCUACAAGAGUCGGUCGACACGAUGAACAGGGCACAUCGCUCUCUCCAAGACAAACUAUCUGAAGCGGAGAGGGUGCACGACGGUGUCAAUAUUGCCGUGAGCAUUCUGAUACCGAUUUGGGGCAUUGUCGGUUUAAUUGAUAACAACGCAUCCCCUGGUGCUGUGUUUAAUCUGCGCAAUUGCGUCAAUGAGGCUCGCGACGCACUUCACAGAGAAAAAAUGGCCUUGGAAAAGGCGGGGGAGAGCCUCAAGUCUGAAAGACAGCAGCAUGUCGAGCUCGAGAAUCAAGUCUCGCGGCUGCAGGCUAUGCUAUCCGAGAUCGUACCCUUGGAGAACCAGGUCACAGCGACCAUUGAAAAGACGGAUAUGCUGCAACAAGCCAUUAUCGUUGUCAAACAGCAGCUGGCUGCUGCUGCUCAACGUGCCGCACAGCUGAGCAAUACCGUGUUGAUCACAGCCCAUGCAUCAUCCACCAAGCAGGAGAUUUGCACUGGUAUUCUUGACAUAGCUGAGCAGGUGCCUUUGGAUUUUAGGAACUCGAAUGAAAUGAAGCUCCUGCUCAAUGAGCUUCUCAGCGGCUAUGGGAGCGCAGUUGUUCCGGCGGCCAUUGAGAGUCGCGCGAAUGAGCUGCUUGGGGUGGCGGCCAAGUAUCCGAGCAUCGAAUGGCAUCCCACAGAGGUAGUCACUGAAGCAUGAUGUAAUUUAAGAGGUCAAUAUCUAGACUACCGAGUUCAAAGACAUUGUGGAGAUGGUCAGGAUAAGCUUUGCUCAGAAAAGAUUGGUAGGUACAGGAUGAAAUAAAUAUUUGUAACAAGCAAAGCUAUCCAAAAGUUAACAAAACAAAACAAGAGUUCUAAUUGGUUAAACAUGCUGACAUCUUGUCAAGCAUAUACAAUCGGAGAUCACCUGCAAGAAAAGAGUGUGCUGCCAUAACGUAGGCCUUAUACUUGAUGUAUUGAACAUUUAGAUCAGCUGAGACAAGAGGGUUCCAUGUUUUAUGGUCACUAAGCCUGUCAACAUGCUCGAUCAAAACGCCACGCGCGGAUAAUACUGCCAAGAGACGAGGCUACAGAGAGCAACCAAUAGCUUGAGACCACGUAAAUAUGCAG